AUGUCGAAAAAACUAAUCUUCUUACUGCUGUUGGUUCUGGCGUACGGCUUGGAGGAGAGUUCGGAUGAUGAGAGCGCCAACUUCACCUGCCCAAUGCUUCAAGAAGAGAUCGAUGCCCAGGAACUGCCCGGCUUCAACAACUCGACGGACAUCGCCCUUCUUCAAACGACUCGCUCCUGCCACGACGAGCUUCUAGGCGCCAUGCAGAAGUUGAAGGAGGAGUUCGCUGAGCUCAAGCUGCAGCUGGAGAACGCCUCGAGUCAGGCCGAACGCUACAAGGACGAGGCCGAGAACUGGAAAUCGCUGCUCCAGGUCGAGCUCAACAAGACGAUCGCCAAGCCCGACUCCGAACUUGCCAAGAGCGCCAGCAAUGACAGCAGUAUCCUCUGGGAGGGUUGGCAGUGGAUCCCCGGCCACAAUGACACGUCGGCACUGAUCUUCACCUUGUCGUCGCGCGUCGGCACCGGGCUGAUUUGUGACCUGAUCAGCGACUACUUCGAGGACAGGGCACCAAUUUGGGUCGGACGCGCCAAGAUCUUCAAGAUGGUUUGGCUGAUCGUCGGUCUCGGUGGCGAAGUCUUCUUUGGCUUCACCAAAGACGUGUUCAGCGUAGUCUUAGGCCUGGCCAUCGCCUCGUGGGCCGCCGUCGAAUCGUGGCGGCUCCACGAAGGACUUCGUGACGUUUGUCGUCGUGGCCUACACAUUGUUCUCGCCGCGUUGCGCGAGCUCGCGCGCAUUUGUCGCCGGCGCCCAGCAAACCGACCCCGAUGGCCC